AUGCCUCGUCCGGCCCUCCCAAGUGUCGCCUUGAUCAGCGACCUCGUACGCCUUGCGACCUAUUCGCUAAUGUGUAUACUCUCGUGGGCAGGCUACGAUUGGCGAUCCACCUCCAUCCGCCACUCCUCCCCAGACACAGUUUCUCCGCUUUACCCCGACCGUCCCAUCAGGCCGCUCCCCAAGCGCCGCCUCCGCGCCCGCUUGUCGCCUGAGCAGGCCGAUUCCAUAAGCUACCCGUCGCCGCCCGUGAGCUCGCCGCCCGUCUUUGACUUCCCGUACACACACCCGGACAAGGUGCAGAGCAUUUCGACACGCCAGCAGCGCGGGGAGAAGGAGCACAAGUGCAGCUGCGGCGCGGACCACUCGGAGCCCGAGAGCGAGGAGGACGACGACGAGCGGCUUGCGACAGGCGGCUUAGGCGGUGGCGUGUCGAAACCCCUCCCACCUGGCUCCACGUCAUCGGCCGACGGCUACGAGUCCUUCGAGAACACCAACAACAAAAAGAAGCGAAAAAUACCGGUUUCGGGCAGCGCGGGACACCACGGCAACCUCACGGCCGAGAUGGCGAGCAUGGGCAUCUCGACACACGGCGGCGACUCGGCGCACGAUGGAGAGAACAAUGUGGGACAAUAUUAUGGAAGCGGCUCGUCGGCCAUGCCCGCGCCGGGCUCGGGCACGGGCAUAUCUGGAGCUGGCAGAGGACGUCUCAACGCUUAUGCUAACGGCGGCGCGGGCAGAGCAAGAACGAACGGUGCGUUGGCAAACGGAAAGUCGGCUAAUUACGACCACGGCAUCAUCUCUACUGCCAUUGCAAACGCAAACGCCGCCGGACACACUUCGCAGCAGAGCAAGGGCAAGGAGAACGUCAGCCUGCUGCAGCAGGAAGCCGCAAAGACGACGCCGCAGAAGACGCAGUUCACCUUCACCUGCGGCUCGCCUAACCAGCCGACCUGGCCAAGUGCCAACGGGGCCUACCCUGCUGCUGACCCACGCGCACCUCCGCCCGCGCCCUCACCUGCAGGUCCACCUUCAGCCAGCCGCAUACCCCUCCCAACACAAGCCACAAGGUCUACCCACGGCACACAAACAAGUCCACAGAUGAACGGCGCGCAGCAGCCUCCUACCCCCGGCCAGCAGGCGCCCGCGCCGGCUCCCAAUGCCCAGCAGGCUGCGCCACAGCAGCAGCCGAAGAAGCCGCGUCGCAAGCCCGAAAAGAUCUACGCCAUGGCCGCUCGCCGUCGUCGUCUUCAGCAGGAGUACACGAACUACCAUCACCCGCCAGCGCGCGACGACAUCUGGAUCUGCGAGUUCUGCGAAUACGAGGAUAUCUUCGGCGAGCCUCCUCGGGCUUUGAUUCGGCAAUAUGAAAUCAAGGAUCGCAAGGAGCAGAAGCGCAUGGCGGAGAAGCGGCGUUUGUUGGAAAAGGCGAAGAUGAAGGGUCGGAAGGGAAAGAAGGCAGCUAAGACCGCCGGUGGUCGGCAGGUGGCACAAAACCAGCAUGCACAGCAGCAACACGGGGGCCAACACGGCUAUGAUCACCAAGUCCACCCCGAUGGAACCAUCGAUGGACAAGAUGAGUACUUCGAGGACGACUAUGAUGAUGGUGUAGCUCCGCCCGACGUUGAUGCUGAUGUCGAUGCUGGGUACGUUCCUCCACCUGCGCAUUCUGAACCCCCCGAUGAUACCUUGAUUUCUCAGGACCAUGGCAAUGAGGCCACAACUGAUGAACUCAGCGACGGAGACGGCCCUCGCGGAGACCCCGAUCCUGCGGCGCUGGACAAGAGCGUUUGA